GGGGAGGGAAUGCGCGGGGGGCCGCGGCGCGGCGGCGACUCCGCGGCUCCGCCACCGGCACCGGGAUCCCCACUGAAGGACGAGCCAUGCAGUAGGAGCCAGCACAUCCCACGGAAGAGCAGGACACGGGACAUGUGGAGCCUCAGCUGCCUCCUCUGGGGACUCCUCCUCAUCCUCAGCACCGCCAGCAUGGAGGGCUUUGCCCAGGCAGGGCGCAGGGUGUGCUCAGCCACGGGGCCACCACGCCACCACAGCGCCCACGCCGAGUCCCACCUGCAGCCCGUGUACCAACCCUACCUCACCACCUGCCAGGGCCACCGCCUCUGCAGCACCUACAGGACCAUCUACAGGGUUGUCUACAGGCAGAGCUCCAGGCAGCUGGCCCAGCCCGUGGCCUCGUGCUGUCCUGGCUGGAGCAGAGCAAACGGCCACACGCUGGGCUGUAACAGAGCUCUGUGCUGGGAGCCGUGCCAGAACGGCGGGAGCUGCGCCUUCCCCGGGAGAUGCUCCUGCCCCCCCGGCUGGACGGGGCACACCUGCCAGACAGACGUGGAUGAAUGUGCCAGCCAGAGGCACGGCUGCAGCCAGCUCUGCAUCAACACGGCCGGGAGCUUCCACUGCGCCUGCCGGGAUGGCUUCAGCCUUGCUGCCGAUGACAAGGGCUGCCAGCCCCUGCUGCCAGCGCCAGACAGCUCCAGCCAAGCAGGUGCCUCCAGUGAAAUGAAGGAAGAAAUGAAGGACCUGAGGAGCAGAGUGGAAGCGCUGGAGCAGAAGCUCCAGCUGGUGCUGGCCCCCUUCUACAACCUGAUGCCGCCAGAGGAUGUUGGUGCAGACCCCAUCAGCCGCCUGUCCCACUCCCUGCAGCAGCUGGACAGGAUUGACUCCCUGAGCGAGCAGAUCUCUUUCCUGGAGGAGCGGCUGGAGACGUGUUCUUGCAAGAAUGAACUCUAGCAGAGUGCCUGGGGACCUGGAACAAGCAGAGUGCAUCCACAGCUCUUAUCUCCCUGUCCAGCCCCAGCCUGGGGAUGAAGCCACACCAUCACAGGAAGGCACAGGGUGGCAGGAGAAGGCUCUUCCAGCUCACCUCACCACAGGCCAUGCAGUUCCUUCCAAACUGGACUCUGAGCCCUCUCCCUCCUGGAGAGGCAGCAAAUAAAUGCCUUACCUCGUGCCA